AUGGAUCUUACCAAGUCAAAGCGGCCUGUUCAUCGAGAAUCGACUGUGAUCGAUUCUCCAAGCCUGGUCAUCGCGGCUCCAGUCCAGUCAGCGCCGUCAUCAGCAUCGCGAUCAACUUAUCACAGCCGAUUGCAGGAACAGAUCGCUACAUUGGAUGUCCGCAAUCCUGAGGCUAUCUUAGAUCUUCGGCAGGACGAUUUAAGAACCAUUGGCGAGCUGGGCCAAGGGAACGGUGGUACCGUCACCAAAGUUGAGCAUAUCCCUACACAUAAAAUCAUGGCCAAGAAGGUAGUCCUCAUAGAUGCAAAGCCCGUUGUUCGAAAACAGAUUCUUCGGGAGCUACAAAUAAUGCAUCAUUGCAACUCGAAAUAUAUCAUUUCGUUUCAUGGCGCCUAUAUUUCCGAUCCCCACAUCUGCAUUUGCAUGGAGUACAUGGAUAAAGGUAGUUUGGAUGGUGUAUACAAGAAAUUUGGGCCAAUCCCGAUCGACGUGGUGGCUUUAAUCUCGCUGGCAGUCCUCGAGGGCCUCACUUAUCUUUAUGAUGAGCAUCGCAUCAUUCAUCGAGACAUUAAGCCCUCCAACAUCCUCCUCAAUUCUGAAGGACAAAUCAAGAUAUGCGAUUUUGGAGUAUCGGGGGAACUUAUUAACUCCAUAGCCGACACUUUCGUUGGGACUUCCACCUACAUGAGUCCUGAAAGAAUCCAGGGGGCGCAGUACUCCGUUAAAUCGGAUGCAUGGUCAUUGGGCAUCAGUUUGAUAGAGUUGGCAUUGGGGCGUUUCCCUUUCGCUGACUCCGAUGAGUCCGAUGACUCAGACCUUCAUGACCUUGAAGGCACAUUAUCUCCUCAUUUCAACGAUACCGAGUCGACAGUUCACCCAGGCAGACCAUCGUCGUUUCAGCCUUUUCCCGUAUCAAGGGCAUCCCAGAUUGAUACGACACGGUCCGUUCGUGACAAACGGAAGAGUCGAGGUGUGAGCCUUGAGGGCGGGGGAAUGACCAUGUCUAUCCUGGAGUUACUACAACAUAUUGUUAACGAACCAGCACCUCGCCUUACACCCGAUGGAAAGUUUCCAAAGCAAAGCGAGGAGUUCUUGGAUCUUUGCCUGCGGAAGAACGUUCAUGAACGUCCAACGCCCAAAGAAUUAUUAACUCAUGAAUGGAUAGUACAGGCGCGCGCGAGCAAUUUCGAUUUGAAGCAAUGGGCCAGUCUUGUUUAA